GUUUUGGCUCAUAUUUACGAAUGGUCAAGGAAAAAUCCCCUUGACCAAAAUGUUUAAAAAUCAGUUUACAUUGUUUACUCAUUUGAGUAUAUAAAUUGGAAAUCCAUACACGUCUAUUCUUUUAUAGCUUCGUAAUCCAACCAGCGCUCUACCGUUAUUGUCUAAAACGUCAUCACCAAGCGCCGUGUAGUUCGACAUCCUGGUCCUUCUCAGCUUGGCAGCGACCGGUUCCUCUGGAAGCUUCUUUCAGAGAGAAGUGGUGGACUGGAAUCAAAGUCCAUCUCAAGCCAAACUGCAUCAUUUUACCACCGGUCUCCAUUUAUCUCGCUGUUAAGACCCAGUUAAACAAUUCGAAUCCGAUAUUAAGUCACGAUGCCCGAAGCCAUGACUGCACAUAAAUUUCAAAGUGGAGGCAGAAGCAAAGGUGGGGCGUAUGUGGACCGGGACAAGCCUGCCCAAAUUCGCUUCAGUAACAUCUCUGCAGCCAAAGCUGUUGCUGAUGCAAUCAGAACCAGCUUGGGACCAAAAGGAAUGGACAAGAUGAUUCAGGAUGAGAAAGGUGAUGUGACCAUUACUAAUGACGGAGCCACCAUCCUGAAACAGAUGCAGGUCCUCCACCCAGCAGCCAAAAUGCUGGUUGAAUUAUCCAAAGCCCAGGACAUUGAGGCUGGAGACGGCACCACCUCUGUCGUUGUCAUCGCUGGCGCUCUCCUGGACGCCUGCUCCAAACUACUUCAGAAAGGUAUCCACCCAACCAUCAUCUCGGAAUCCUUCCAAAAGGCUGUGGACAAGAGCAUGGAGGUGCUGACGGGCAUGAGCCGGCCGGUCGAGUUGAGCGAUCGCGAGAUGCUACUCAACAACGCCACCACGUCACUCUGCUCCAAAGUGGUGUCGCAGUACUCCAGCCUGUUGGCGCCCAUGAGUGUGGACGCCGUGAUGAGAGUCAUCGACCCGGCCACGGCCACCGGCGUCGACCUGCAGAACAUCAAAAUCAUCAGGAAGCUCGGAGGCACCAUUGAUGACUGCGAGCUGGUGGACGGCCUGGUGCUGACUCAGAGGGUGGCCAGCACCGGUGUGACCAGGGUGGAGAAGGCCAAAAUUGGUCUCAUCCAAUUCUGUCUCUCACCUCCCAAAACUGACAUGGACAACCAGAUCGUGGUGUCAGACUAUGCGCAGAUGGACCGCGUUCUGCGGGAGGAGCGCGCCUACAUCCUCAACAUGGUGAAGCAGAUAAAGAAAGCCGGCUGCAACGUUCUCCUCAUCCAGAAGUCUAUUCUCAGAGAUGCCCUCAGCGACCUCGCUCUGCACUUCCUCAACAAAAUGAAGAUAAUGGUGAUUAAGGAGAUCGAGAGGGAGGACAUCGAGUUCAUCUGCAAGACGAUCGGCACCAAGCCCAUCGCCCACAUCGACCACUUCACUCCCGAGAUGCUCGGCUCUGCCGACCUGGCUGAGGAGGUCAGCCUGGACGGCUCCGGAAAGCUGGUCAAGAUCACGGGUUGCGCCAGUCCCGGGAAGACGGUGAGCAUCGUGGUCAGGGGCUCCAACAAGCUGGUGAUGGAGGAGGCGGAGCGCUCCAUCCACGACGCCCUGUGCGUCAUCCGCUGCCUCGUCAAAAAGAGGGCUCUUAUUGCCGGAGGCGGUGCCCCAGAGAUUGAGCUGGCCGUGCGCCUGGCCGAGUACUCGCGCACCCUGGCCGGCAUGGAGGCCUACUGCGUGCGGGCCUACGCCGACGCCCUGGAGGUGAUUCCGUCGACGCUGGCCGAGAACGCCGGCCUCAACCCCAUUUCCACGGUGACCGAGCUGCGCAACAGGCACGCCCAGGGAGACGCCAUGGCCGGCAUCAACGUCCGCAAGGGAGGAAUCUCCAACAUCCUGGAGGAGCUGGUGGUGCAGCCUCUGCUGGUCUCCACCAGUGCGCUGACACUGGCCACAGAGACGGUUCGCAGCAUUCUCAAGAUUGACGACGUGGUGAACACACGAUAAGUUGAUCUGCCUUGGCUGGCCAUUAAACCUGCUUGUUCUGCUAGGGAUCGGAUGAAGUGGACGUCGGUCUGUUCAGAUUUCCUGUGUAGUAGUUGCCAUGUCUAAGUUAAUAAAACUAAGCCGUUACUUUUUUUGGCACUCCAAAGUACUUUGUGUUUUCUUUUUCUAUCUUUCGCACAUAGACAGUUGGUCUCCUCUGUCUCCUGUGGGAUUAUUUGAACUAAAACCUAAACUGACAUCAUUCCUAUGAUGAUGUUAGUUUAUGUUUUCAUCUUUGCUGAUCAGUAAAACUAAUGGGAGGAGAGACUAGUGACAUGAAAACUCCUGCUUGUUCUUUCCAAGCCUAAAGGGGGGGCAGGAACCACAAAUAGGGUACCGGAACUCCAUUUGGUGCAUAGAUAUAACAUGCCAAGGU